AUGGAGAAGUUGGCAUUUUCCUUGGUGAUCUCGGCAAGGAAGCUUUGGCCAUAUUUUCAAGCUCAUACCAUUAUUAUGCUUACAAACCAACCUUUGAGGCAGAUGCUUAGUAGGCCGAAGCUCUCAAGAAGGAUGUUGAAAUGGGCAAUAGAGCUCACAGCUUUUCAUAUUGAGUGCAGGCCUCAGCCAGCUAUCAAGACCCAGGCGUUGGCAGACUUUAUUGCCGAAGGGAUAGGAUCCCAAGAAGUUACGGAACAAGAUCAGAGGCCAUGGAUAUUGGCUGUAGAUGGGAGCUCGACCUCUUGUGGUGGCGGAGCAGGGCUGAUGAUCAGAAGUCCUGAUGGGCAAGAAUGGCCCUAUGCCUUGAAUUUUGAGUUUCGAGCAUCUAACAAUGAGGCUGACUAUGAGGCCUUGCUAGCAGGAUUGAGAUUAGCUACACAGUUGGGAGUGCAGCGAAUUGAGGUGAGUUCGGACUCCAACUUGGUAGUACAACAAGUGAACGGAGAGUAUGAGGCUCGGGAAAGUCACAUGGCAACAUACUUGGCUAUGGCCAGGGAACUGAUCGCGCGUUUUCAGUCAAUAAAGGUGGAGUAUGUCCCUCGGGCCAUGAAUACGAAAGCAAAUAUGUUGUCCCAGAUUGCUCCUUUCUCUUUUCCUAAGAGCUCCCGACAAAUCCGAAUCGAUUCUUUACCACAGAAGAGCAUCGAAGAGUUCGCCAAUCAGUUAUGUGUGGAGCACGAGCCUAGUUGGGUGGAUCCUUUGUUAUUAUACUUGAAGGAGGAAAAACUUUCCAAGGAUGACUCGGAAGCUCAAAAAGUCAGAAGGAAAGCCAGAAGUUUCUUACUAGUCAACGAGGAACUUUACAAGAGGUCAUUCUCGCAACCAUUGCUCAAGUGCAUCAAGCCUUGCGAAGCAGACUAUAUCUUAAGGGAGAUUCAUGAAGGCAUAUGUGGAAGCCACAUCAGGGCCCGAACCCUCAGCCAGAAAGCUCUUUGGCAGGGGUAUUAUUGGCCAACGAUGGUGAAGGACUUAGAGCAAUUGGUCAGGACCUGCGAUAAAUGCCAACGAACCUCUAACCUGGUUCAUGUACUAGUUGUCACUUUAACUCAUCUGGCUACACCUUGCCCCUUUUCUCAAUGGGGCAUCGACAUCUUGGGUCCUUUCCCCCCGGUAGCUGGACAGGUUAGAUAUAUCAUUGCUGCCAUAGAUUAUUUCACGAAGUGGGUUGAAGCCGAAUUGGUAGCUUCCAUUACUGCUCGACAACCUGCUUACAAUCGGCGUAUUGAAAGAUACUACAAUCGAAGGGUAAAAACUAAGAGUUUUCUUCCCGGAGAUUGGGUAUUGCGGCGAGCGGAUGUUCGAGGGGCCAAAGAAGCGAACAAGUUAACGCCGAAUUGGGAAGGUCCUUUCAAAGUGAUGGAAGCCCUUAGCCCUCAGCCCUCAGCCCUGGCGCUUACAAACUCCAGACCACCAAGGGUGUACCCGUUAAGAACACUUGGAAUGUGCAGAAUUUGA